UCUUAGAGAAACAUAAAGAAUGAAGCGCCUUGCAGCCAUGGCAGCACAAGUGCUGUGGUUUCUCCUUACUCCUACCGUAGCAUUUUCCUAUCUAAUUCCACUGCCGCCAUUGGUGGCAGCAGCCUCCGGUUCCAACAUAGCGCCACCACCACCGGUGGUAGCAGCUCCAAGGCCGGGCUGCCCUAGCAUGUGCGGCAAUGUAACCAUUCCCUACCCAUUCGGCAUCGGGGUCGAAUGUGCCUGGCCGGGCUUGGGCUCGAACAACUUCGACUUCACCAUCACUUGCAACCAUAGCUUUAACCCUCCAAGACCCUACAUAGGCGACUUCGAGGUCGUCAACAUCUCGUUGGAGGCCGGCGAGAUGCGUGUCUUCUCCCCCGUGUCCUACACCUGCUACAACUCAUCAAACACCACUGCAUCCAACGGAGUCAUCGGCUGGACACUCGACUUCAUCGACACAGUAUUUCUUAUCUCGCCGACGCGCAACGUUUUCACGGCCAUUGGCUGCUACACGUGGGCGUAUCUAAACGGCAGAGUGGAUUCCAGCUUCUUCACUGGCUGCAUCACCACAUGCAACAGCUUGCAUGCAGCGGCUCAAGACGGCGAGGAGUGCACGGGACUUGGCUGCUGCCAGAGUUCCAUCCCGACCAACCUCUCCAGGAUACACAUCUUCUGGGCGAACGACGACAGCUAUACGCCUACAAAUGUAGCGUGGGAAUACAGCCCCUGCAGCUUCGCUUUCAUCGCGGAGAAAGGCUGGUACAACUUCACACGGAGUGAUCUCACACGUGAUGCCAACAAGACCUUUACUGACCGUGUUGGAGACACAACCAUCCCCAUGGUGCUUGAUUGGUCCAUCAGGGAUGGCGGGUCUUGCCGGGCACCACCAAAGGAUGCUGGGGCGUCGGCUAAAUCGACAGCUCCCGCUUGCAUCAGUAGAAACAGCUUCUGUGUUAACGCCACACAGGGACCUGGGUACCUCUGCAAUUGUUCCAAGGGCUACACGGGCAACCCCUACAUCACCGAUGGCUGCACAAAUAUCAACGAAUGUAGCAGUACAACGAAUGGUCCUUGUGGCAUGCGUAGCACAUGCGAGGAUACAGAUGGUGAUUAUAAUUGCAAAUGCAAAUUUAACCGGAAAGGAGAUGGUAAAAGUGAAAAUGGAUGUUAUCAGUAUGUAUUUCCACCAUAUGCUAUUGCUGCCGUAGCAAUAACUGUUGCCGUCAUCCUAGCAUGUUUGUCAAUUAUUUUGCUUAUCAGACGAAAGCAGAGGAAACUUUUCAACAAAAACGGUGGCGACAUUCUAAAGGAGGUGGGUAUCAAAAUCUUCACCGAAGGGGAGGUGGAUACUAUCACAAAGAGCUACAGAAAUCGCAUUGGAGGAGGCUACUUUGGCGAUGUCUACAAGGGGACCAUCAUUGACGAUCCCCCCGUUCAGGUCGCGGUUAAAAAGGUGGUACGCCUUCAGCAGAAGUCGCUGCGAGGUGAGGCGCCGCAGCACGAGCAGGAGAAGCUAUGGAAGGAAGGGUUCGUGAGGGAGAUCUGCUUCCAAUUCAAGGUUAAGCACCCAAACAUGGUCCGCCUCAUCGGGUGUUGUCUGGAAACGGAUGUCCCCAUACUAGUCUUUGAGUUUGUCGGUAAAGGAAGCCUCCAUGAAGUGCUUCAUGGUGCCAACAAGCUCACUCUCUCGCUGCCAAAGCGGCUGGACAUUGCCAUUGGUUCAGCAGAAGCUCUCUCCCAUAUGCACUCGCAUGGUGAUUAUAAACACGUCCAUGGUGACGUCAAGUCCGCCAACAUCCUUCUUGAUGACGACCUCAAUCCCAAGGUAUCUGACUUUGGGUCUUCCAAGCUCCUUUCGGUCAAGAAUUAUGCUAUGGAAGUAGCUGCAGAUGGGAACUACCUAGAUCCAGUGUACCACAAGACGGGACAUUUCACGGUGAAGAGUGAUGUCUACAGCUUUGGUGUCGUGCUCCUUGAGCUCAUCACGAGGAAGAAGCCUAGGUAUGGCAGCAGCGAUGCUAACAUUCUGACCAUAGACUUCAACAAGUCCAUAAAGAACCACAGCAAUGGACGGGAGAUGUAUGACGCAGAGGUCUUAUCCGAUGACAAUGCUCAAUCUCAUCGCUACAUGGAGUGUCUUGACAUGGUCGGUGCACUCGCGGUCCGAUGCCUCAGUGUAGACGCGGACGAGAGACCAACCAUGGCAGAGGUGGUGGAUGAGCUUAAUCAAGCAAAGUCGAUAGCCUGCGGGAGCUCAUGCUCUGACCUGAGUUGAAAGCACACAUAUGAAGGAAACAAAUUAAGCACGAAUGGUCAUGGCUUGAGCUUAUUAGCUAUGGACGUACAUCCGAACAUUCAAGAAGAGUUGUCUGCCCAACAUACAAAAAGAUUACAGAAAAGAGGGGAGGAAAGUUCAGAAGAAGACAAAAGCUAUUGCAGAAUUUGAACUGAACAGAGUUUGUUUGUACAGUCACAAGUCACUGACAGGAGCAGAUGGAGUUCCAAUGUUGUCCAUGCUGAAAGCCUUAAUGGCCAAUGCAGGAAUCAUAGUGAACAACACUACAGCUUGUAUAAGCUCCACAGUGUCUGAGAUCUGAUAAUGCAGAAAUGAAUAGGCUGGGGGUCCAUGCUGAAAGCCUUAAUGUAUCAGAGCUCAUUUGUUCAGUUUGCUAAUCAAGAUCCUUCGAUUCAACAUGAUUUGAGCUUGUUGCCCAGAAAUGUCUCACAGCCACAUGACAGGCUGGGAUCAAAAGAAAUUUCAGAAGUAGAAUGGGUGAAGGCAAGUAUGUUGGGAAUUGUUGUUGCACUUAUACCGACAUAAGAAGUGCACUUUUGCCCAGCUAGUUCUGACCAGCCUUUUGCCCUGGUGGCAUUUUUGUGGUACUUGGUUAAGCUACUCAAACAUCUGCAAAGUUUAAAAAAGUGUGACUGUGAUUAGCUAUAGCUUAUAUUCAUGGAAAUCUAGACAUCUAGCAAAAAAAUAUCUGAUCAUGUCUACUGUAGACAACAAACAAAAUAUGGGUUCCUAUGUUUCUGCA